GUCAUCAACCAGACGUCCAGGAUAGAGAUCCAGCUGUUGGAAAACACGCUGUCGACAAACAAGCUAGAGAAGGAGCUGCUAAUACAGGUCACGGAGAUUUCCAAACUUCAGGACAAAAACAGACUUCUGGAGAACAAGGUGCGCAUUCUGGAGUCACAGCAGAAGACGGAGAUGGACCGGCAGCGGGAGGAGAAGCAGAGGCUGCAGAGCGUGGUGCUGCGUCAGGCGACGGCCAUCGAGGCCCUGGAGAGGCAGCUGCACGUUGCCAGCAGCAACAACUCCGCCCUGCAGAGGCAGCAGCAGCAGCUUAUGGACUCGGUGCACAGACUCAUGAGCCUGUUAUCCGUGGGAUCAGGUAGCUUAGCCAGAAGGUUCUUGGUUGAGAUCCGGGGGAGGAUACUUCUCUAUUUUCCUUUGACGUGGUACUUAAUGAAAUUGCUCUGGGAAAUAUGGCACCAGUGAAAAGUCUGGGCAUUUCUAUUUAUAAUGCAUUUGUUUCUAUUUUAGCUGUUAUUCAAUUUAUAGUAAAAGGUCUAGAGGCAAUGAAAUAGUACAAUUCACAUACUGCAAUGACCAACGUAAGUAUUCAACAUCUGAAUUUUUUUUUACGUUUUCAGCUCUUCAAAAGAGCCCCCCCUGCCUUUGAUGACAGCAUUGCAGACUCAUGUGAUUCUUUCAACCAGCUUCCAGAUGUAGCCACCUGGAAUGCUUCUCCCACAGUCCUGAAGGGGUUUCCAUGAGGUCUGGGCACAAGAUGGCACAUUCAUCUUACUCUUCAAUCUAACUCAUU